AUGGCGAGCACGACCUCGGCUUUCAUAUUCAGGAGGCUCGGCCGGCCGAGUCUGCAACAAACAUGGCCGAUGAGAAAAGCAAUUAGCCUGGCGCCUUUGAGGCAGAUGCCCCGCUCCUACUCGUCCGAGGCGCCGCCGCCGCCGCUGCUAGCAAAACUCAAGACCGACCUCAAGACGGCCAUGAGGAAUAAGGACUCGACGCGCCUGGCCGUCCUACGCUCUGUGCUUUCAGCGACGCUCAACGCCAGCAAGACGGACAAGCCAAUCAAGACGGACCUCCAGCUCGUUGCUCUUCUACGCAAGAUUGCACGUACAUCCCAAGACUCGGCUGGAGAGUUUCGAGGCGCAGGACGGGAUGAUUUGGCCGACAAGGAGGAAGCGCAGGCACACCUCCUCGAAGAGUAUGCAGCGAGUAGCGGGAUCGAGAGCAUCAGCGAAGAACAGCUGCGAGAGAUCAUCAUAGCCGCCAAGGACGAGCUCGAAUCGAAAGACGCCAAGUCUCUGGCCGGAGAGUUGAUGAAGGCGGUGUUUAAGCCCGGCGGACCCCUAGAAGGGAAGGAUGUUGAGAAGUCACUUGUGGCCAGGAUCGUCAAGGAAGUGGCAAAGCCGCAGUAG